UCUCAGCUAUGGAUAUGGAUGGAUAUUGUAAUCUCAGCGUCUCGUUUGAAAACUAACAAGGAACAAGUCUAAAAAAAUGUUGUUAUUUAAGUGAAUUAACCCUGAAUUACACGCAGUUGUGAUAAUUUCAGUGAUAAGGAAGCUUUAAAUAAAAAAAUUCUGGAAAUCAAACAGAUAUUUUCAGAGAAUCAUGGAUUUGCGGCUCUUAAUUUUCUUGUUGUUUUCAAUGUUUACAUUUUGCUGCUGCAAACAAGAAACUAAAAAAAUUGCUGUCAUCGGCGGAGGAAUUGGCGGAACAGCGACAGCAUACUUUCUGAGAAACUUUCUGCAUCCCCAGCCGAAGGUCGAUGUCUUUGAGGAUGACGAAGUCGGAGGUCGAUUGGCCCUGGCCACGGUCGGAGGGAAGCAGUACGAGCUCGGUGGUGCCAUCAUCCACCCCCGCAACAAACACGCUGUCACUUUGGUCCAGGAACUAGGAUUGAAACGCAGGGCCGAGCCUCCUGCCUCGAAAGUGAGUCUGUUCGACGGGGAAAAGGUGGUCUUCGAGGAGAGUGGCUGGAGCGUCGUCGACCUGGCCAGGAUGGCGUGGCGGUACGGCCCGAUGACCCUUUACAACGCCAACUCGCAGCUCCAGCAGAUGCUUGCCAACUUUGACAAGAUUUACGCGGCCCAGGAGAAAGGGCAGUGCUUCGAAAGGGUGUCGGACCUUUUGUCCGCCAUGUCCCCGACCUUCCCCAACAUGACCACCGAGUCCGCCGAGACCAUCGAGGGCAUCUCGCCCGAGUUCCUCAGGGAAAUCGUGGGCGCGGCCCUCAGGGUCAACUACGCCCAGUACGUGCAAAACGCGACCAAGUUUGUGACUUUCGUGUCCCUGGCAGGGUCAGAGGGUGACCUUUGGGCCGUUGAAGGAGGAAAUCAGCGCCUCCCGUACCAAUUGCUGGCCGCCGCGGACGCCUUCCUCGUUCCGCACAAGGUCGACAGAAUUGAACCAGCGCCCUCAGGAUCAGGGUACACCCUGUAUUGGGACUCAGUUUCCGACGUUUACGACGCUGUGAUAAUUGCGACGCCCCUGAAUGGGACUCUCGGUCUUCCGGUAGAGGCGUCCGUCACCGUGCGGCCCAUGGAGGACGUGUGGGUGACGCUGGUGGAGGCGUCCGGCAUCAACCCAAGUGCCUUUGGCCAGCCCGUGGACGAGGUCAUCGCCGUGGGCCCCGCGUGGCUCAACUCGAUGAGCAAAGUCUGGCCCGUCGACUCAACCAAACCAGAAAAGCCAGUCUACAAGAUCUUUUCGGCAAGUAAACCGAGCGAGGCGCAGUUGGCCGAGGUGCUGGAGGGGGUGGGGGAGACGCGGCAGCACCUGUGGCCGGCGUACCCGCACUACGACUGGUCGGACAAUGCGGACGCGCCGUUCGCGCUGCUGCCGGGCCUGAUCCACAACAACGCCAUCGAGUGGGCCGCCAGCGCCAUGGAGAUGAGUCUGGUGUCGGCCAGGAAUGCGGCCAACUGCGCGGCCCACCACUUGGGCCUCUCCACGUCCGCGGCGGCCAGCAGGGACGAGCUUUGACACUUGCUCAUUUCACUAGUCUUGCUUUAUUUAUUAAUUUAGUCUUUUUCAAGCAUAUCAAGCCACUGAUCGGUCAAAAUUUAAUUAGCUAAAUACCGGAAUUUUGCAUUUUGGGAACAAUUUUUAGCAAAUUCCAAAAUUUGGGCCAAUUUCAUUCGUCUUUAUUCUGCAAACACAAAAAAUGCCAACUUGGAUUUUUUGCAAAAGACUUCAUUUUAAUUAAAUCUACUAAAUGAUCUCCAUUAUUUCUGCAGCAUAAUGAAUUUACUUGAUUCCAAGUUAUUUGCUUUUUGUUUUCGUGAUGAAUAAAGUUUUGCUUCAUCGAUUGCCAGACAAGUUAAUAAUUUGAGCGCUCGCGGUGAAAAAUCGUGGAGCAUGAAUGCUUUAAAGAUGCCGAUGACGUCACAAGCGUAAAGCCGUGGGUGCUAAAUUUGCAUCACCGGGCGGGCGAAUAUUAAAUGGUUUUGUGUCCGGCGGGAAAGAGGCUCGUUUAUUCGAGGGUCAGCUGAACACCUUGUUGCCUUUCAACGUGAAAACAGAGCUGAAAACGGAAAUGAGAUGAAAACGUCACAAGUUGUUGAUUAUAGUAGUCAUUUUUUUAUGAGAUUAGAGCUGCUUAAAGAGAGAAUCGUUUUGUUUAAAGAUAAAUGAGUUGAGAGAGACAAACACGAAUCGUGUUACUUUUUUUUCUUUGAAUUUAUUAUUUAUUCAGUGUUAUUCGACUGCAAAGCGAUCAGUAACAGCAUCAUCUGUACAUCGGCGGCGGCGAGUCAAGAGGCGCGCACGCCGUCGAGAGCCAUUUUUGUUUGAGUGUUAAAAAGGCAGACCCAAUUAGCAGCGCAAUUAGCAAUGCGGCAGAAAACCACCUCGGCGGCGCCCCCCGCACAUAAAACAAACCAGACGCCGCGCCCUUGCUUAUCCGCCAAUGCAAAUUUUAUGCCCUUGUAAUUGCAAAAUGUAAAGAAAUUUUACAACCGUGCAGCUAUUAAAAAUUUAAUCAAAAAGUGAUU